AUGAAUAAUGAGGACGAAGAGUCUGAUCAUACCUCCGAGGGCGAUGGCGAUGCCUGUGGCUCUGACGACUCGGAAAUAGAAAUUCCAGGUUCAGAGAUGGCCCUCCUUGACGACGCAGUUAUCAUCGACCUGACUGGGAACAACCCUAACCCACAGCCUAUAGGGCUAGAUGCUCCGCAUCAGCCAUACGCAAUUGAAGCCGAACAAGCUUCAAUGCCAAAAAUCAGCAACAAGCGGUGGGCAGUCUUGUCCGGGUGCCCAUCAUCUUCAUCCGACGGCGACGAGGCUGAAGAUCCAAACGAAGUAUCUGAUGGCACGGAGGCGACGGAAGGAACAGACGGGCUAACAAGGCGAGGAGACAGGCCGAGCACAGAGAAGAGGUGA